UUCUGAGUAGCAGCGCCGCGUUUCCUUAACCCCAAACUGUGCACACUAGCUUGAAAGUAUCCUUUACCCUGCUCCGUGGUCUCUUCCUUCCGCAUAAAUGCCGAAACCUUUGUCCAAAGCUCCGGAUUUCGUUGCCAUCUUCGUUCAUUGCUAGGCGAUGGACAGGCAGCAGAUCCAGGUGAGUGACGAAGAGUCUCAAGUACCACGAGAAGAAAGCCGAAGAAGGAGGAGAAAGAAAGCCAUAACCUCGUCCUGCUCCACCUCCAUGGAUCAGAUCGCUGUCGAGUUUGUGCUGCCCACAGCUGCGCGGGGUGGAAGUGGCCCCGACACUCUGCAGCUGGACGUGGCUGGGAACUGGACUGUCGAACAGGUGAAAGCCCAGGUGUGGAUGAAGGCAGUGACUUCGAACCUGUGCCCUGAGUUCUACCAGCGCUUCUCUCCUGACCAUUGCAUCCUGUUGUACCAGAAGAAGGGCAACGUUUGCGAGAUCUACGACAAGCACCAGGUCUUCCAGACGCUAGACUGCAUUCGCUACUGGAGAGCUCUGAAGAAGGAUGUGGGGCGGAUUCAGCUAGUGCCCCGCCCACAGCCCUCACAGGAGUCUGUGGAGUACCAGCGCUACCUGAACUACCUGAUUGGCUACGACGUAACCGACGUCAGCAACGUCCAUGACGACGAGCUGGAGUUCACGCGCAGGAAGCUGCUGACCCCACGACGCAUAGAGCUGUCCGAACGCGACCCAAAGCUCUACUCCAUGGACCCCUGGGUGACACGCAAGCCUCUGCCUGAGCACCUGCUCUCCAAGAUCAAUAAUGGCCACAUCCUGGUGGUAAUCCACAUAGGGACAGCCAGCCAGACCAUCAAAGUCUCCAUCGAUGACACACCAACACUGGUGUUGGCGAGCUUUUUUGCCAAGACAUCAAAUAAAAGAGCUUUGCUGGGCAUCCCCGACAAUGUGUGUGAGACUGACUUUGUGCUGCGGGUGUGUGGCAGGGAGGAGUACCUGUACGGAGAAAAGCCUCUGGAGAACUUUAACUGGAUCCGUCAGUGCCUGAAGAAUGGCGAGGAAAUCCACCUGGUUCUGGAGAUGCCUCCUGAUCCCGAUCUGGAUCUGGUCCAGAAGGAAGAUUGGGCCCAAGUUGAUGACUGCACUGGAGUUGCAGGCACCCAUGAGCAGCUGACCAUUGAUGAGAAGGACCAUGAACGGGUGUUCACCAUCUCCAUGUGGGACUGUAACAGGAAGUUCAGAGUGAAGGUGCUGGGUAUUGACAUCCCAUCUCUCCCCAAAGUCCCGGAGUUUAUUGUCUACAUCGAGGCCAGCAUCUUUCACGGGCAACAGCUUUUAGCUCAGGAGAGAACCACCUCUAAAACUUUCAGUGAAGAAGUGCUGUGGAACUGCUGGCUGGAGUUUAACAUUAAGAUCAAGGAUCUGCCUAAGGGGGCAUGCCUUAACCUCCAGGUGGUCUGUGGGAAGCAACCCCAGAUCCCAAAUUCCAAAGGAAGCUCUUAUCAAGAGAGUACAGCAGGAAGCAGCUGUCUUGAUGGAAAGACCAAGAGUCGUCUCCUGUACUACGUGAACCUGCUCCUGAUCGAUCACCGCUCCUUGCUCCGCCAGGGGGAGUUUAUCCUCCACAUGUGGAAAAUGCCAGAAAAGAGCGAGGAAAGCAGCAGUAGCAUCAACGCGGACAAGCUCACCUCAGCCACGAACCCAGACAAGGCCUCUUCCAUGGCCAUCGCCAUUUUGCUGGACAAAUAUUGCUACCCUGUGGUGCUACCCAAGAGCCGGGAUGUGGGCCGGGACUGGGCUGUUGGGGGUGAAGACGCAGAGGGAGGGGAGCGGGGUCAGAGAGAGAUGCCAAACCACUUGAAAAAGCAGUUUGAGGCCAUUGUAGGUACCGAUCCCCUACAUCCCCUCAGCCCUGAGGACAAAGAGCUGCUGUGGCACUUUAGACACGAAUGUAUGCGUGACCCCAGAGCCUACCCAAAGCUGCUGGGCUCAGUCAGAUGGGGGAAACAGGAAGAUGUUUUGGCGACGCAUCGACUGCUGGAGCGCAGCAGCGCAUGGGACACCAGUGGUCUGGAUGUUGGCCUGGCCAUGCAGCUGCUUGACUGCCACUACUCAGAUGCACAGGUUCGCUCAAUGGCUGUCAGGAAGCUGGAGACGCUGGAGGAUGAUGAUGUGCUCCGAUAUCUUCUCCAGCUUGUACAGGCAGUCAAGUUUGAGCCCUACCAUGACAGUGCUCUAGUCAGGUUCCUGCUGAAGAGAGCUCUGAGGAGUAAGCGUAUCGGUCAUUUUCUCUUCUGGUUCCUGCGGAGUGAAAUCGCUCAGUCCAAGCACUACCAGCAGAGGUACGCUGUCCUCCUGGAGGCCUACCUCAGAGGCUGUGGUGAAAAUAUGCUGCAGGACUUCCGGAAGCAGGUGGAUAUGACAGAGGCUCUGCAGAAAGUCACCCGUGAGAUCAAGACCAUGUCUGCAGACAAGUAUGAUGUUACGCCACAAGUGGUGUUUCAGUUGCGUCAGAAGCUGGAGAAUCUGCAGUCCUCUGGUCUGCCAGAGAGCUUCAGAGUUCCUUAUGAUCCAGGACUAAGAGCUGGAGCCCUGCUGAUUGAGCAGUGCAAAGUGAUGGCGUCUAAGAAGAAGCCGCUGUGGCUGCAGUUCAAACGGGCUGACUCCACCACUCUCUCCAAAGACCCCAUAGGCAUCAUCUUCAAAGACGGUGAUGAUCUCAGACAGGAUAUGCUCAUCCUGCAGAUUCUGCUGAUCAUGGAGUCGAUCUGGGAGACCGAAUCGCUGGAUCUCUGUCUUUUACCGUACGGCUGCAUCUCCACUGGAAAUAAGAUAGGCAUGAUUGAGAUUGUUAAGGACGCCACCACCAUCGCCAACAUCCAGCAGAGUGUUGUGGGAAGCACCGGCGCAUUUAAAGAUGAAAUCCUCUACCAGUGGCUCCGGGACAAGUGUGUCAGUGAGGACAAGUUCCAGCAGGCUGUGGAGAGGUUCCUGUACUCCUGUGGUGGAUACUGUGUGGCUACAUACGUCCUGGGUAUUGGGGAUCGCCAUAACGACAACAUCAUGAUCACUGAAUCUGGGAAUCUCUUCCACAUCGACUUUGGUCACAUCCUGGGGAAUUACAAGAGUUUCAUGGGAAUCAGUAAAGAGUGGGUUCCCUUUGUGCUCACACCAGACUUCCUGUAUGUUAUGGGAACUUCGGGGAAGAAAAGUAGCCCCCACUUCCAGAAGUUCCAGGACGUGUGCGUGAAGGCUUACCUCGCCCUUCGGCAUCACACCAACCUGCUCAUCAUUCUUUUCUCCAUGAUGCUUAUGACUGGGAUGCCUCAGCUGACUAGUAAGGAGGACAUCGAGUACAUCCGCGAGGCCCUGACUGUUGGCCGCAGUGAAGAUGAGGCACAGCGCCACCUGCUGGACCAGAUAGAGAUCUGCAGGGAGAAAGGGUGGAUGGUUCAGAUUAACUGGUUUGUUCAUCUGGUCCUGGGAAUCAAGCAGGGUGUGGAGAAACGGUCCACUUAGGACUUACUAAGACGUAUUCCAUGAAAAAAAAGUCAAUGACUGAAGAGUCUUAAAAUCUGAAGACAAUCUAGAAGGAUUUAAAAUGUUUGCACACAAUGUAUUUUUGAAAGUGGUGUUUUAGGCAUCUAGAGACUGGUCGGUGACCAUUAGACAGCCACUGGUCACAAGGGAAAACCGUGUUCUCAACAAGUUUUUGAGAGUGGUUUAAAGAGAUAUACGGUUCUGCAACAAAAACCUCUUUCUGGUUGCUUUUUCAAGGAAGAUGCUAACUUGUCUGCAAACACUUGAAAACUGCUCACCCAGCUGUAGUGAAACUGUUAAAAGUGCAACACAAACCAGAAACGGAACACAUUUGCCCUCAAAGUAAAAGUUGGGCCUUUUGAAAUGUGUUGGUUCCAGUGGUAAGGCAGAACUUUUACUUUGAAGGUGAACCUUCUCUGUUUCCUGUUUGUGGUGCGCUUUUUCAAGUCAAGGCUGCUUGCAAACAAAUUGCUGUCUUCCAUGCAAGCUACGGGAAACUGUGGCAAUCUAAUAGUGACCAAAACAAUCACAAGGACGAUUUUUGGUGCAGCGCUGAUGUCACCUGGCAACCUUCCCCAACUUCCAGGAACCACUUGCCAAGUGGUUGCCAAAUACACAGUUUUGCCUAGCAACUAGAGGUUGCCGGGGGAGAUGGCCUGAUCAGUCUCUAGGCCUGUGCGAAUGAGCUGAGACCAUCUGAAAUGAGAUAUUUCGCUAAAUAAUGGGAUGUCACUAUCUACAAAACGUCACUAAACUGAGACUUCAACUUAAAUUUUAUCUGCUGAUCCAUUCCUGCAAAGCUUUGCGCUAAAGGUUAUAUGCUAUGAUUCAGACCAAGGGGAGAGAUAAACCAAAUACAGGUGUGACUGUUUUCACUGCACAAUGGACCAUGUCAAACAUCAAAUGUGUCAUUUUUAGAUGCAAAAUAGGAGUGACCUAAGUCUUAAAAGAACUGAAUCUGUCUGCUUUAGUGACACCACUAAAUGCAGUAGUUAAAAAGAAAGCUUUUAAAACAGAAGCAAACAGUAAAAAACGGAUCUUUGCAAUGUUUACGUUCAUCCUUAAAAAAUGUUUUAAAUGUGGUCAGAGUAUUUUAGUAGUGUUUCAGUGUCCAGGUAAUUAAAUGUUUAAUAUAUAUAUUUGACUAGUAUGCAAGAGUUUAUUGAAAUAGUUAGAUUCUCCUUUUCAGAGAUUGCAAAUAAUAUAACACAUCCAACUUUGUGCUUGAUGAGAGGCUUAUUAUUUAUACGUGAAAGUGGUUUUUAUUUGCACUGCCCAUUAAGAAAAACUGUUCGAUGUCUUUAAAACUGGAAUUUCCAACUGAAAAUCUACCUACUGUAACAGACAUUUAAGAGCUGCAUGUCUGCGACAUCAUAGUGCUACACUGGCCUGUCGGGGACGUUUGACAUGUGCUGGUCGGUGAAGUAUUAGCAUCAUACAGAAGCAAUUUUUUUUCUAAUUAUGUAAUGACUUAAAAACAUGUUUCAGUCUGUUUUAUGGCUGUUUGCUGUCUUAAAGUUUAAAAUAACAGCCAUGUACAGAGAUAAGUUGCAGCUUACUGUAUGAAUAUGUACUUUUGUCUUUCCACAGUUUCUCUGAAAUAAACAGGAAGAGGGAUUGUGUUGUCUUUCCGUAUCAGUAGUAUCCAUGUAUCUAUGUUGGAGAUAAAAGCUAAAAGAAAGUUAAAUGCAGUAGUUUGACAAUCAGUGUUUUUUUAAAGUUUGCAUUAAAACAUUAUUGGAAAGAUGGAAAACUUUCUUCUUCUUCUUUUUUUUUUAGCAGAAAGAACGUUUUAUAAUCAAGCCUUUUUGUGCGUGUAAUUGCCUGUAGACGUUGAUUCCGGACAAUAAAAGGACUGAAACGUG